UGCGCCAACCGCUUACAAGCUUAUUGUUAGCGCCAUUCACGAUUUUAUGUCUCACGUUUCCGUCGCAAUAAUUCUCCUGGACAUUUGCUUGCAUCUCACGACUCCGGACCUGAUCCCCUUCAGGCCACCCGAACGCUUCUGCUGCUGGUCAGCUCAAAUGAUGGAAGGACACCCACCUUUGAGUUCACCGAACAAUCACCUGGUACAAGAGGUUUCCAACGGUUUCUUCCACGGGGCUGCUCGCGAAGAAAGUCAAACGAGCUUCACUCAUGGAUCUAGCUCAAGCAAUUUGGUCUUUCAGCAACAGUGCCAGCAUCACUUUGAUUCCUCUCAGAAUCCGUUCUCGGCACAAUUCGAUGACACAACCGGAAGACCCCGGCUACGGGGCUUCCCAUGGCCCUUACAACAUGACCAUCAUGGUGAAUGCACUGCUGUCCCAGUCUGCAUUCAGACCUGACGUGGCCCAUGCCGGACAAGCACGAUACAGCACCAACGGCUCAUCUGGUGUAGUACAGCAGAUGACCCCAUAUGCUGGACAGUCUCAUAAGAACCACCUUGCCAGUCAGCAGUACUACAUGGCCCAGAGUGCGCAUGUGUCUGCUUAUUACAACGCGCAACUACUACCUUCACAGCAACAAGCUAAUCUGUUGCCGAUAUACAGUGCGCAGCAACUACCAGUCGCCGGUUAUUACUACCCUUCUGCAAACCACUAUCCCAGCUCUGACUCAGCCAUGACCGGAAAUGUGAUAUCCACCCAAUAUUUACCGUAUGAUCCACGUCGGAACUCACGCGCAAUGUACCAAGGUCAAGCUGGCGCCGGUGGAUCUGCUGCUUGGGACGGUGGGUGCAUGAGGAUGACACGCUGCUGAACACGACCAAAUACUUACAAUGACGCCCAGGUACUUACAAUGGGCGGGCCAG